AUGUUGUUGUCUGAUGAAGUUUCAUCAGGUGGUCACGUCAUCCAGCAGAUCGCAGGCUGUGAGUGGGAUGAUGAGACUGGAGAGGUUGAAGGUUUUAAACAGUAUGCUUAUAAUGGAGAAGGCUUCCUCACAUUUGACAUGCAGACAGAGACGUGGAUCACCUCACACCCAAAAGCUGAGAAAACCAAACAGGAGUGGGAUAAAGAUAAAAUCAACAAUGGUCACUGGAAGAACCUGUUAACAACAGAUUGCAUCGCAUGGUUGAAAAUGUAUUUGAACUAUGGGAUGACUUUUCUGUACAGGAAAGACCCUCCCUCAGUGUCUCUCCUCCAGAAGACUCCCUCUUCUCCAUUCUGCUGCCACGCUACGGGUUUCCACCCCAACAAUGCUGUUAUGUCCUGGAGAAAAGAUGGAGAGGAGCUUCAUGAAGGUGUGGAAGAUGGAGAGAUUCUCUCCAACAAUGAUGGAAGCUUUCAGAUGAGUGGUGAGCUGAACAUUUCUUCAGUCACACCUGAAGACUGGAGGAGAUAUGACUGUGUGUUUCAGCUCUCUGGUGUCAAAGACGACAUUGUCGUUACAGUAGACAAAACAGUGGUCAGAACCAACCAUGGAAAGGGUGGAACCAAAGAGAAACCUUCUGACCUGAGCAUCGCCAUCAUUGUAGUAGUUCUCAUCGUCUUCAUCAGUACAGCUGUUGGGUUUAGACUUUACAAAAAAAGAAAAGUUACAGAAAUGACCCCUGAACUCUCGCAGAGACUAAAUCCUGAGACCAGCGGAACCAACACGUCCAGCACAUAGUGAAUUAAAUUUCCCGUUAUACAGGCCAAGAAUUUUUUUUACUUUGUUAAGAUAUAAAUUAUAAAGUACUGUACAUAUAGUGUCAUAUGUAUUGUGCUAACACAAAUAUUAUGAACACAGAAAGAUACCAAAUACCUGGUAUAUACAUUGCUUAAACACUACUGUUAAUAUACAGAAGGCUUUUGAGAUAAGCUCAACUUUUAUACAAAUAUGUAGAUCUAAACUUGUAUUUAUUAAACAAAUGCAAUGUUUUGCUGUUGGCUUUAAUUUUCUGAAAUAGGCCAAAAUAUUUAUAGUUUCCUUCCCUUCAAGUGUGUUAUUUAAGUGUCUGCUUCUGCAUACAUACCAACAUGUUUUUGAAUAGUUAAUAUAGACGAUAGUAUAUUAUUUUCAGUGUAUUACAGUUAUAUGUUCUCUUUAUACGUUCAGGUUCUUGUUAUCUAUUAGUUGUAGCUGUGUUACUAAAACAUAACUAUUUCUUUUCUUUUAGUUAACAUUCACAAAUCUGAAUUAUGGACUUUUUCACCAGCUGCUGUUUCAAUACUUCAAAUAUGUCAUGUUCACAGCUGUUCAAACUUUACAGAUGCGACUGAAAAUAUGUGUUUUUGCUCUGUUGUUUAAUUAACAAUUUAGGACAUAUUCAGAAAAUUCUUGCUUCAAAUUAAAACAAAUUCAAACAUUUA